CUGAUUUCAGUGUCGUGCUGUCUUUGCCAGACGCUUCCGUGGUUACCACAGUAACGGAGCUCCAGCUGUUCGUGUGUACACUCGUUGAUACAAUAGCGAGUGAGCUUGCACAUAAACAAUAUACGUUACUUGUUAUAUCUCUGACAUAUGCUCAGUUGUUACAUUUUACAUUACCUUUUAUAGCUCUACAUAAAUUGGGUAAAUUUGCGGAAGUAAUACAAAUGCGGCCAACAAAGUAUUUCACCCCAACAGAGGUGUCCCUUCAUAACACCCUUGGCGACCUGUGGGUGUCAUACCUGGGCAAGGUGUACGACUUGACACCAUUGGUGAAUGAAUUUAAAGGGGAUGUACUUCUGAAGCCUAUCAUUGAGUGUGCAGGAAAGGACAUCAGUCACUGGUUUGACCCAAAGACAAAAGAUAUUCUGACCCACAUUGACCCACUAUCUGGGUGUGUGAAGUACUACACCCCUAGGGGGCGCUUUGUGCACGUGCCCCCUCCCUGCCCUCGUACUGACUGGACCAAUGACUUUGGGCGACCCUGGUGGAGAGAUACGCAAUAUGAGGUGGGACUACUUUCUGCCAAGACCAGGUGGAUCCGCAUCAUCAACACCCUCACAUCCCAGGAGCAGGGUCUGGAGGUGUGUUCCGAGGAGACCUUGAAUGAGAUUCUCCAGCGGUACCUCCGCUACAACUCUCACGCCGCCAGCUACACUUGGAAGCACGACUGUGUCAACCUGGACAUGAGUAAAACGCUGGAGGAGAACGGCAUCCCCGACGAGGACGAGGACUUCUACAACACACGCAUGGACCGCGACCUCUUCUCCCAGUCCAUCUGCCUGUACUUUAACGACGACCUCACUGAACUUUAACCCCAUAUGUAAGGAUGUUAGAAAAUGGUGGUGAGCAAUAUGAGCAGACAAUCUAUUAAAAUGUUGACUCACAAAAUACAUUUUCUGUAUGUGUUAUUUGUUAGCGUUAUAUUAUUGUUGUAGCAAUUUUAUUAUAGCCAAUUUAACACAUUAGGACUUGAACUGGUAACCUCACAAUUAACCUGUUCCUUUCCUUGUCAUUCUAUCCCAGUGUCAUCCUUUUGUCAUUCCUUCAAAGCUUCUUGCAUCUUUACAGUAGGCCUACAUAAAUUCAUGCCAACAUUUUACAUAAAAUAGCAUGGUAACCAUGGUAAUUGUUUAUGUGAUAUUCAACAGCACCUUUGUGGCUCUGCUGGGUUAAGAUUUCCAUUUACAAUAUCAGGUUUAGUCAGUCUGAUAUAUAAUAUCAAAUCAAAUUUUAUUGGUCGCAUACACAUGGUUAACAGAUGUUAUUGCGAGUGUAGCGAAAUGUUAUCCAUAGUUCUAUUAAUCAGUGACCUGUCAUUGUUAUCAAUAUCUAGGCUAUUUAUCAUCAUACACAAUUAUACACACAGUUUUUCCUCUAAAAUGUGCAUAAUGUAUGUAUGUAUGUCUGACCAUAGACCCCUUUAACAAAGCUGGGCUGCCUGAAGGGAGACCAACCAUUGUCUGACUCCUAGAGGUUCCCAUGGCCUUACUGCCACCCAUAUCAAAGGGACUCUAGUGAAAGUUUGCAAUAUGAUUUUCAAUGUAUCCUCUUUCAUUUUAAUGCUUCCAGAAUGUUAAAAAAUAUAUUUUCGAUUUAUAUUAUUAUAAUAAUAAAAUCACCUCCAGUUGA